AUCCUCAUCUCCAAGCGUUUAUUCAAAUUGAAUCAUCUUUGGAUGCCGACAGCAGUCGCACCAUUGAAAGACAUAGCUUGGACUGUGACCUUACUCCCAUUCCUGCGCUUUUCCCGCGAUCGAUCAAACACAUUUGGUGUGUCUUCAUAGUGGUCUCUGAUUUGUGGUCAGACUCGCUCAGAGAAGUCUAAAGAUUUUUUUCGCAAACAUCCUUUCUGAAUUAAAAAAUGAUCCUUGAAGUAAUCAUCUAUUUUAUUCAAAAGUAUCUGUAAUCCGAUUACAAUUUUGUUUCUGGUAACCUAACGGAUUACGGUUACCGUUUUUGUAAUCCCAUACACGUACAGUUUUUACAUGUAGUCCUGUUCUCCCCAAGCCUGUUGAUAUCACCAUGUUUUCUAAGAAGGCCUAUAUAUACAGCAAGACAUUAGUCUAAAGACAUUGCUCGGGACCAUGGUAUUAGGAUGAGAGAAAAAAGGCAGAUGAGAUCAUUUUGCAUAGGAUACAAAUAUCAAUCCCCUAUAAUAUCAAUCCCCGAUCUUAAUGAUAAAAAAGUCUAAUACUUUUGCAAUGAAGUGUGAAUAAAUGUGUCCUCGAUGUUAGUGCGAAGUGGAUGUGAGAUCAGAAACAGACAGGCGGCCCCAUUAUGCAGAUCUCCGAUGUCACCUCUGGGCUAUCCACACUUCGCCAACUACAGGAACAGAGGAACAGACUAAUGGCCCGGCUACAGUCAACACCACACUCCUCACGUGUGUAUUUGGUACAACAAAAGAUUAGCAUUAUUCGCAAAUAUACAACCGAGUUCAAAGGCACUGUGGCUGCUGCCUUGUCUCUUCCCUUCUUUUGUUUUCAUCCAAAGCUUCAAAAAAUGUGUUUGGCCGAAUCAUCCAACGAUGUGUUUUCCCCUCUGACAAAUACUUGAUAUAACCUAGGAUACUAAUCAAUUAUGUUUAAUACCAUAAACAUAUUGUAUGCUAUUGACAAUACGGCCUAAUAACAUUUUAACAUGUCUUUUUUUCGUAAAAUACAUAACGAAUGUAUGAAAUAUGAACAGCUCUGAAAAUGUUUUAAGCUAUGCAAGAGUAAACGAAUAUCCAAACAUGUUUAGAAAAUGCAUAGGCCUCUGUCAUGAAGGCUAUAAACCUGAAAGGCAACGAAGAAGUUAUUCUCAUUCACACAUGACCCUGUUUAAAGUAGGCCUAGAGGCCUAUAGGUACUUUUUACAUUUUGUAUUGACGCAAUUAUGAUGGGCAUUUUUGCAUUGGGGACAUCGAAAAGACGCUCGAAACACGACCAUUCGGCCAUCGGGGUGUGGUCUCGAACGCAACGCCACACCCCUAUCCCCAUGUGGUCCCGGGGGGCCUUAUAUGAUCAGGCCUUGGGCUCUCAAGCCAGUAGUACUUAUCUCACUGUCAAAACGAAUCUAGAAACAGUGAAUCCUAUUCUAACGGUAUAUUUCGCGGAACACCACACGAACUCAUCCUAUAGGAAAUAUGACUUCUUCAAACUCCGACCAGCGGCUGGACCACCUUCUGAGCGUGGUGGAGAGCGAGUUUCAGAAGGGGAGCGAGAAAGGAGACGCAUCGGAGAGGGAUAUUAAACUGGGACUAGAAGACGCAGAAUUAUGGACCAAGUUUAAAGAACUAACCAACGAAAUGAUCGUCACCAAGACUGGCAGGCGGAUGUUUCCAGUGCUCAGAGCGAAUGUGAGCGGCUUGGACCCAAACGCCAUGUACUCAGUCCUAUUGGACUUCGUGGCUGCAGACAACAACCGGUGGAAGUACGUGAAUGGCGAGUGGGUUCCCGGUGGCAAGCCCGAGCCACAGAGCCCUAGCUGCGUCUACAUCCACCCAGACUCGCCUAACUUCGGAGCACACUGGAUGAAAGCGCCUGUCUCAUUCAGCAAAGUCAAACUGUCCAAUAAGCUCAACGGGGGAGGACAGAUCAUGCUGAACUCUCUGCACAAGUAUGAGCCCAGGAUACACAUUGUGAAGGUUGGGGGGCUUCAGAAGAUGAUCAGUAGCCAGUCUUUCCCCGAGACUCAGUUCAUCGCUGUCACUGCUUACCAGAACGAAGAGAUAACUGCGUUGAAGAUCAAACACAAUCCAUUCGCUAAAGCUUUCCUUGACGCCAAAGAGAGGAGCGACCAUAAAGACAUUCCAGACCAUGGUGGAGACAGUCAACAAUCUGGUUAUUCCCAACUUGGUGGUUGGUUCCUACCUGGUAACGGCCCUAUGUGCUCCAGCAGCAGCCCCCCUCCGUUCAGCGGGGCCCCUGGCCCCUCCUCAGGGUCUUAUUGUGAGAGGUACUCCAGCCUGAGGGGCCACAGGGCAGCCCCCUACCCCAGCCACUACCCACACCGCUCCUCCAGCUCAAACAACUACAUGGACAACUCGUCGGGAGUCCUGCCCACCCAUGACAGCUGGUCAGCCCUUCAGAUCCCUAACUCCACCGGGAUGGGAACCCUGGCCCAUACAACCAACUCCACAUCCAACUCCAGCCAGUAUCCUAGCCUGUGGUCUGUUGCCGGGACAACCCUAACUCCUUCUGGCUCCUCCUCUGGUUCCAUUGCUGGCAGUCUGACCAGCCAGUUCCUGCGAGGCUCCUCCUACACUGGCCUGACCUCCUCCCUGCCCGUUUCCUCACCAUCCUCCAUGUACGACCCCAGCCUUAGUGAGGUGGGUGUAGGCGUGGGCGAGGCCCAGUUCGAAAGCUCCAUCGCCAGGCUCACCGCCUCCUGGGCACCUGUGGCUCAGAGCUACUGAGCACAAUGCAUCUUCCAUCAGACAUUGACUCUCCUCAAGCACCAUCAUGCCCCACAUCACCUCCCUCUCCUCUCUACUGCCUGACGAUCACCUAGGAAACCUUUGGGUUGAUACAUUACAUGUGGACAGCAACGCCUGUGAAAGGCAGAGAGUCAGCUCAGAAGAAGAUCUAUCUGAAGCAGAGAGAUGUAGGGUCCUCUCAGGCCUUGUGUUUUAUCAACAUGAAAUGGUUGGUUUCUCCAUUCCAAAGACCCUAGAUUUUCUAAACCAAAGUCCAUAGGUUGCCAUUCUUAAGUUACACACUUGCUGUCUUAGUGGAAGAGGCAUGUGUUUUUCCAUUGGGAGUUUCCUUCACUCUGUCCAAGGUGCAAUUACAAGCCAAAGACAAUCUGACAAUACUUCCUCCACAAUCGUUCCAGUUGCUGGUGUGUUACUGUAGUCGUGUCCUUCAGUACAGACACAGGACUCAAAGACAAUCGUACACUGGCGUAAGACAAUCAGGAUCACUAGCUACCCAAAGCUAAUUUUAUGAAGUAACCCCCUCAACUUUACUAAAGGGGUCAAUCCUUACAGUGGCUUGCAAAAGUAUUCACCCCCUUGGCAUUUUUCCUAUUUUGUUGCCUUACAUCCUGGAAUUGAAAUUGAUUUUAUGGUGGGUUGUAUCAUUUGAUUCACACAACAUGCCAACCACUUUGAAGAUGCAAUUUUAUUUAUUUAUUGUGAAACAAACAAGAAAUAAUACAAAAAAAAACAGAAAACUUGAGCGUGCAUAACUAUUCACCCCCCCAAAGUCAAUACUUUGUAGAGCCAGCUUUUGCAGCAAUUACAGCUGCAAGUCUCUUGGGGUAUGUCUCUAUAAGCUUGGCACAUCUAGUCACUGGGAUUGUUGUCCAUUCUUCAAGGCAAAACUGCUCCAGCUCCUUCAAGUUGAAUGGGUUCCUGCUGGUGUACAGCAAUCUUUAAGUCAUACCACAGAUUCUCAAUUGGCCAUUCCAAGACAUUUAAAUGUUUCCCCUUAAAACAACAAAGUGUUGCUUUAGCAGUAUGCUUAGGGUCAUUGUCUUGCUGGAAGGUGAACCUCGUCCCAGUCUCUACUUCUGACCAGUUUCCCAGUCCCUGCUGAUGAAAAACAUCCCAAAAGCAUGAUGCUGCCACCACCAUGCUUCAAUGUGGGGAUGGUGUUCUCGGGGUGAUGAGAGGUGUUGGGUUUGCGCCAGACAUAGCGUUUCCUUGAUGGCCAAAAAGCAAAAUUCUAGUCUCAUCUGACCAGAGUAGCUUCUUCCACAGGUUUGGGGAGUUUCCCACAUGUCUUUUGGCGAAAACCAAACAUGUUUGCUUAUUUUAUUCUUUAAGCAAUGGCUUUUUUUCUGGCCACUUUUCCCAUAAAGCCCAGCUCUGUGGAGUGAACAGCUUAAAGUGGUCCUAAGGACAGAUACUGUGGAGCUUUGCAGAUCCUUCAGGGUUAUCUUUGGUCUCUUUGUUGCCUCUCUGAUUUUUGCCUCCUUGCCUGGUCCGUGAAUUUUGGUGGGCAGCCCUCUCUUGGCAGGUUUGUUGUGGUGCCAUAUUCUUUCAAUUUUUUAAUUCUGGAUUUAAUGGUGCUCCGUGGGAUGUUCAAAGUUUCAGAUAUUUUUUAUAACUCAACCCUGAUCUGUACUUCCCCACAACUUUGUCCCUGACCUGUUUGGGGAGCUCCUUGGUCUUCAUGGUGCCGCUUGCUUGGUGGUGCCUCUUGCUUAGUGGUAUUGCAGACUCUGGGGCCUUUCAGAACAGGUGUAUAUAUACUGAGAUCAUGUGACAGAUCAUGUGACACUUAGAUUACACACAGGUGGACCUUAUUUGACUAAUUAGGUGACUUCUGAAGGUAAUUGGUUGCACCAGAUGUUAUUUAGGGCUUCAUAGCAAAGGGGGUGAAUACAUAUGCACACACCACUUUCUGUUUUUUAUUUUUGAGAAUUUUUUUAAACAACUAAUUUUUUUCAUGUCACUUCACCAAUUUGGACUAUUUUGUGUAUGUCCAUUGCAUGAAAUCCAAAUAAAAAUCUUAUUUACAUUACAGGUUGCCAGAAAACAAGAAAAACGCCAAGGGGGAUGAAUACUUUUGCAAGGCACUGUAUGUUUGACUGUUUAUUGUUACAAUUAGUGUUAUUAUUAUGAUACAGAUAAAUAAAAUGAAAUAAUAUUGGUGAUCUAACAUUAAAAAAUGUAUAUGUGUGUAUAUAUAAUAUACUGAACAAAAAUAUAAAUGCAACAUGCAACAAUUUCAACGAUUUUACUGAGUCACAUUUCAUCGGAGGAAAUCAGUCAAUUGAAAUCAAUUCAAUAGGCCAUAAUCUAUGGAUUUCACAUGACUUGGCAGGGGAGCCAAUCAGAAUGAGUUUUUCUCCACAAAAAGGCUUUAAUACAGAUAGAAAUACUCCUCAGUUUCAUCAGCUGUCCGGGUGGCUGGUCUCAGACGAUCCUGCAGGUGAAGAAGCCGGAAGUGGAGGCCCUGGACUGGCGUGGUUCCUUGUAGUCUGUGUUUGUGAGGCCGGUUGGACGUACUGCCAAAUUCUCUAAAACGACAUUGGAGGCGGCUUAUGGUAGAUAUGUGAACAUUCAAUUCUCUGGACACAGCUCUGGUGGAGAAUCCUGCAGUCAGCAUGCCAAUUGCCCGCUCCAUCAAGACAUCUGUGGCGAUGUGUUGUUUGACAAAACUGCACAUUUUAGAGUGGCCUUUAAUUGUCCCCAGCACAUGGUGCACCUGUGUAAUGAUCAUGCUGUUUAAUCAGCUUCUUGAUAUGCAACACCUGUCAGGUGGAAGGAUUAUCCUUGUGCACAACAUUUGACAGAAAUCAUCUUUUUGUGCGUAUGGAACAUUUCUGGGAUCUUUAAAUAGAGCUCAUGAAACAUGGGACCAACACUUUACAUAUUGCAUUCAUAUUUUUGUUAAGUAUAAAUUAACGUCCAUUUUCAUUCUUAGCCAUUUACAUGUAACUGUUUUGGAUCCAGUGUCAGUGUGUUGCUUUUCGUGGCCUGAAGGAAAAUGAGAAAAGAAAGAAAGUUCCCUGUAUCCUCCCACAGCAGCCAAGGAGAAAGAACAGAUAUCUCUCCUCCUUUGCUCUGUGUACAUUCCCUCCUUGCCAAUCACAUGUACAUAUCUAUUCUAUUUGUAUUUGUUGGACUCAUUCAGAGUUUGUUUAUUUAUGUAAUUUUAAUAAUAAAUUA